CCCCUCAGUAAUUCUUUGAAUGGGAACUAUUUGCGAACUCACUAUGAUAAAGAAAUCAGAUUCCAGCAUCUCUUUCUGGGGUUAGUACCACCAGUUACAAGCCAUCUCUUCCUUGAAGAGCUAGUUAGCAUUUGUUCUAAGUGUUCCGAGCAUAGUAGGUAAUUAUCAUUUCUGUCAAAAAGCACAGCCGACAAUGGGAACUCAAAUCCAGACAUCAACCAGCGUGUAUAAAGUUGCAGGAAGCUUGUCCUUGACGAUCGAUGUGCAAGCUCCUGAAGGGUAUGACCCUAACUCCGGGACCGCUCUCAUCCACUUCCACGGUGGUUAUCUUGUGAUUGGUGAAAAGACUACAUUUCCGCCGUACUGGCUGAUAAAUGCCUGCCACCGACGCGGCUGGGCGUACGCCACGCCAUCGUACCGCUUAAUGCCGGAGGCUAAUGGUCUUGAUAUUCUCCAAGAUGCUGUCGAUGCCACCAACUGGGUACGAGACCAGUUUGCUAGGUCAAACCGACUGAUCGUCGCCGGUUCCAGUGCCGGUGGUUACCUUGCGCUCGCCACAGUGGCUCAUCCCCAAUCACCGCCGGUUACGGCUGUCCUUCCGAUAUACGGUAUGCUUGAUCCUGCGGCACCACGAUAUGUUAAGCCAGGGAAACCAUUAACUACACCGGUCGAUAACCUCAAAUCUGUCGUGGAACAGAUAUAUGCUGUCAGAGCAACGUCGGUUGGAAUUGACGGUUAUGCGUUCCCGCAGGACAUAGCAACAGAUGAGAGAUACACUUGGAUAAAAGCACUGCACGAGGCGGCGUUGUACCCGGAUGUAUUGACAGAUGUACGAGGCUUGGCACAACAGAUCAACGAACGUGGUAUUGGUGCCAUCCCCGAAGAAUUCCGUCAACUAUUUCCCGCCUCGUUUGGGCUUCACCGAGAGCUUCCUCCUACAGUAUUACUACAUGGAGACGCAGACGUUGCCGUUGAUGUGGAGUUAAGCCGUGGUGUAGCAAAAGCCCUUGAAGGCUUGGGCGUCAAAGUCUUACUGGAGAUUGUUAAAGGUAAAGGCCAUGGCUUCGACGUUAGGGAAGUCCCGACAGAUAUCGAUAUUCUUAAUAAUUCCACAGGAGAUCUUCAUGGUAGCCUAUUUAGGGUCUUCAAGUUUUUGGAACAAGCUGCGGGUUGAUUCUAACAGGUAGUUACCUAAUAUGGCACUGUCACUCGGGGAAAAUGAUGUUCUCACAUGUUGUUAUUAGUGAUAGCAUUUAAUUACUUAUGAUUAAAAUCAAGUCUAAUAUUAAUUAAAUUGAUGGGGGUACGUUAUCAUUAGAGAAAUAU